AUGUUCUACUAUCCCAAUGUGCUUCAGCGCCACACGGGCUGCUUCGCCACCAUCUGGCUGGCAGCAACACGUGGUAGCCGGUUGGUGAAGCGUGAAUAUCUGAAGGUGAAUGUGGUGAAGACCUGUGAGGAAAUCCUCAGUUAUGUGCUGGUACAAGUGGAACCCCCUCAGCCCGGCCUGCCGCGCCCCCGCUUCUCUCUCUAUCUCUCAGCCCAGCUCCAGAUUGGCGUGAUCCGGGUCUACUCACAACAAUGCCAGUACCUCGUAGAGGACAUUCAGCACAUCUUGGAGCGCCUGCACCGGGCCCAGCUGCAGAUCCGCAUAGAUAUGGUGGACACUGAGCUACCCAGCCUGUUGCUUCCUAACCGCCUGGACAUGAUGGAGAUCCUGGAAGAUGCUCCAGACCCCUUUUUUGGGAUGAUGUCUGUGGAUCCCAGACUUCCCAGCCCCUUCAAUAUACCUCAGAUUCGGCAUCUUUUGGAGGCUGUGUCUCCAGAGAGAGUUCCUGAGGAGGCCCCUCCUGAAGUCCCCACAGAGCCAGCGAAGCCAGACAGGGUCCCGGUCACUGUGCUAUCUCCAGAGGCCAUCACGCUCCAGGAGGCAGAGCCCAUACGUAUGCUGCACAUCGAGGGUGAACCAGACCUCCCAGAGAUUAGCCGUCGAGACUUGGACCUGCUCAUUGCUGAGCCAGAUGAAGCUAUCCUGUUGGAGGAACAAGGCAGGCCUACCCGGCAGAUUCCCCCGCUCUCACCUCCAGCCCCUGCACAGGUGGAAGUGGCUGCAGAGCCACUUCCAGGCCCGGUCCUGGCCCCGGAGGAGGUGAAGCCAGCAGUCUGGGAGCCUGAGGCCCCACUUGUUGAGGUGACACCCCCCCUCCCGAAGGAGCUGCUUCUCCCAGCCCCACUCAGCCCAGAGAGGCGGCCCCCAGCCUCCCCACCUGCUCGUCGUCGCAUUCGCCGCCGCCAAUUACUGUUCUGGGACAAGGAAACUCAGAUCUCCCGGGAGGAGUUCCAGAAACAACUGCAAACCAAAGCUCACUGCUGGGAGUGUCCAAUGGUGCAGCCCCCUGAGAGGACCAUCAGAAGCCCCAUGGAGCUCUUCCGAACCCCAACUUACUCUGGCUGGCUACCCCCAGAACUGCUGGCUCUCUGGACCCACUGUGCCCAGCCACCUCCAAGAGCACUCAGGCGAAUGCCGCCCCUAGAGCCUGAAGAAGAGGCUGCUAGGAGGGAGGCAGCAGCUGAGGAGGAAAGGAGAAAGGCUGAAAUUCCGAGUGAUAUUGAGGUCCUGAGGGAGGCCCAGGAGCCCAGUGGGCCCCUUAUGCUGUCUUCAGAGCUCUCCAUAGAAGCAGCUGAGGAGGAGAAAACCCUCAUCAGCCUUGUCCCCCCGGAAGAGCGGUGGGCCUGGGCUGAGGCAGAGCAGCCAGAGCUCCCUGCACUGCCUGUGGUACCUGAACUCCCUGAAGUGCCCAUGGAGAUGCCUUUGGAGCUGCCUCUGGAGCCUGAGCUGCUCUCGCUCGAGGCUGUGCACAGGGCAGUGGCACUGGAGCUGCAGGCCAACAGGGAGCCAGAUUUCAGUAGCCUGGUGCCACCUCUCAGCCCUCGCAGAAUGGCCGCCCGAGUCUUCUACUUGCUCCUGGUGCUGGCAGCCCAGCAGAUCCUACGCAUGAAACAAGAGAAGCCAUAUGGGCGCAUCCUGAUCCAGCCGGGGCCCCGAUUCCACAGUGGUUAGAGCCAAUGUAGGAGCUGCCAAGAAACCAGCUACCUUAAACCAUGUCCUGCCUUACAAGGCCCUGCCUGCCUCCUCUCUGGACAUACACCUCUUCCUUUCUGCUCUCAUAGCUACUGUUU